AUGCCUGCAGACAGGGGACUCAAUCGUGCACCCGAGCAAGGAUUUCUUGCCCUGAGUCUGGAGGCCUUGGUCAUCGUUAUAACCUUCCUCUCUGCGAGAGAUAUCAGACGGCUGGCAUCAACUUGCAGGCGCCUUCGCUACCUGACGACACGCGCAGCCGACUUCGAACUGUCGUUUGCGGGAGAGUGGGACUUGAUGAGAUAUUACUUGCAGCGCCCUCUUUACAUGCUUCCCCAAUCGCUCUUGCUGCAAAGUUUCAAACUUAUGGAUGGCAGCACAAGGAACCAAAACGCGGCUAUUCUUUUGAGCACGAUCCUGCUGAACGCCUGGAACCUGCGCCACCUUGUAUUGCACGACUGCCAGAAAUUGGUCAAUAUCCACCCUCCCCUCGGUCGAGCGAUUGCUCGCCUCCAACGCCUUACAUCUCUCGAGUUGGACUAUGGUGGACCUGAUACAAUCAACAUAUUCACAGAAAUGCGCAGUAGACCGAAGCACAUAUAUUACUUGAACGACCCACAACACAAAGAAGGAGAGGUCGAUUUCUCGCCACUAUUCAAGAGCCAGGCCAUCAGGGAUGUCGAAUCACUCCAUAUCUAUGGAUUUAACGCCGAACAUUUGGGGCCGCGCACAGCCAAUCCAUGGGAGUCAGCGAGCAUCAUGGAGGAUUGGGAGCCUAUACCGUCUGUUCGAGAAUUAGUCUUGGGGGCUUCCGAAUUGCCCAAAAAGCAAAUUGCGCGGCUGUUCCCCAACCUUCAAAGACUCACCUUGGAGGAUGUGACCGACAUGUUCGGCGACACAGGAAACCACGAAGCUGAUUGGCCAUCACUGCAUAGCUUAUGUGCGGAAUUACAUGAUCUCACGACCUGGGAGUUGCGGUCUCGAGUCCACCACUUGGAGGUGGAGACGACGACCGGACCGGCAAAGGGGAUGAUGAAGCCGAUGGAAGAAAUGUCGUUUAUGGUUGCAACCGUGAGGGAUACAUCGCCCACGGUGCUCAGUCUUCCGAAUCAUCAAUUGACACCAAAUGAUGAGCUGCUUUUCUGGAAAGACCUAUCGGCAUCAGCAGGUGGUCUGGUCGGUUUAGAGGUGGUAAUACGCGAGAUCAACUUGCCUAUGUGGAGGAUGGACUGCGUUCAUCAAUUAGCGAGGCUGCAACCUGCAGUCCUAAAAGUCCACAUCUUAACCAAGAUUGAUCGACUAACACCACGAGCAGCUAGAAAUAGAUCUGCCUUCGCCCGCAGCAACCUAUUUCCUGACUUGGCAAGUGAAUUUGCAUGCCUUAUCCCGACACUCCGAUAUCUCUCGCUGGGACUGAAAUGGGAUGAAGAAGGGGAUGAAAAAGGGGAUGAAGAAGGGGGUGAAGAAGGGGGUGAAGAAGGGGGUGAAGGGGAUGCGGAAGGGGAUGCGGAAGGGGAUGAAGAAGGGGAUGCGGAAGGGGAUGAAGAAGGGGAUGAAGAAGAGGAUGAAGAAGGGGAUGAAGACGAGAUGGAUGUAGACCAUUUUGCAUGGUGGAGAGUAUCCCUAACGGAGGAUGGGGAACAUAUGCCGGAGGUAAUUUCAACCCACGAAGGUGAAUCCCUCUUCGAGGAGCUCCUAUUCGACAAGUCGAUUGAGCCAAGUGCCAUCGAAUAA